AGAGGCCUCCUGCCUUCCCUCCUCCUCACUGAGCGUUUAGCGGGCGCAGAACCCUGUGCUGAGCGCCGGGGUCAGAGCAACAGGACGGUUGCAAGCGAGUGUGAGUGCCAAGGCCCCAUGGCGGUCCGGGCGUCCUUCGAGAACAACUGCGAGGUGGGCUGCUUCGCCAAGCUCACCAACACCUACUGCCUCGUGGCCAUCGGAGGCUCCGAGAACUUCUACAGCGUUUUCGAGGGGGAGCUGGCCGAGACCAUCCCCGUGGUGCACGCCUCCAUCGCCGGCUGCCGGAUCAUCGGCCGGAUGUGCGUCGGGAACCGGCACGGCCUCCUGGUCCCCAACAACACGACGGAUCAGGAGCUGCAACACAUCCGCAACAGCCUUCCGGACGCGGUGCAGAUCCGCCGCGUGGAGGAGCGGCUGUCCGCCCUGGGCAACGUCACCGCCUGCAACGACUACGUGGCCCUGGUCCACCCUGAUUUGGACCUGGAGACGGAGGAGAUCCUGGCCGACGUGCUCAAGGUGGAGGUGUUUCGGCAGACGGUGGCCGACCAGGUGCUGGUCGGCAGCUACUGCGUGUUCAGCAACCAGGGGGGCCUCGUGCACCCCAGGACGUCCAUCGAAGACCAGGACGAGCUGUCCUCCCUGCUUCAGGUCCCUCUGGUGGCCGGCACGGUGAACCGGGGGAGCGAGGUGGUGGCCGCGGGCCUGGUGGUCAAUGACUGGUGCGCGUUCUGCGGCCUGGACACGACCAGCACGGAGCUGUCGGUGGUGGAGAGCGUUUUCAAGCUGAACGAGGCCCAGCCCAGCGCCAUCGCCACCACCAUCAGGGAUUCCCUCAUCGACAGCCUGACCUGAGCAGGGCCACGGGCCUCCUGCUGCCCCUCUUUUCCGGCCGCUGUACCCGGACUGAGCAGCACCCCCUCCUGCUCCGGGCCUGGCGGUCGGCACCCCUCCCCCACGGACCCCCGUUGUGGUUCGGGUCGGCCGAGGAGGGGAGCGGGGAGCUGGGGCUUUGGGAUCCAGCGGGUCAUCGCGUCUGUCUCUGUCUUGUAAAACGUCCCGGAGAUCCGUA